CACAAUAGAAUGAAAAUGGUACACUGAAGCAACACAACUCCGCACUCAGAUCAACACGGAUCAAGACUCACAACACAUUACAGCAAAUGCAGUUUUACCUAGACAAACAAUUUUUCAGAAAUACGUAUUUCUGCGACAGAUGACCAUCAAUUUGUAACUGGUCUCUAAUUAUUUUGUUUUCCAGGCCAGUUUCCUGGAAGUAAGUGAAAAUGGACGGAAGAGGAGACGGAGCUCACAAUGGUAGAAACCGUCCACAUUUUCACCUAGAAUUUUUUCCAAGAGGCAAUCGGCCACCAGCCGAUCAACUUAAUGCUGAACUCAUUGCCUGGAUGGAAUUUCUCUUGAAUAAUGGAAUAGAGGAAGUUGGCUUUGCUGUGUUACUGGAGCCAGUACUGGAACCUGGCAACAAUGUGAACAAUGUGAACAAUGGCAACAAUGUGAACAAUGAAAACAAUGGCAACAAUGGCAACAAUGUGAACAAUGAAAACAAUGGCAACAAUGUGAACAAUGAAAACAAUGGCAACAAUGUGAACAAUGAAAACGAUGGCAACAAUGUGAACAAUGAAAACAAUGGCAACCAUGACAAUGUUGACAACCUCGACCACAAUGACGACAUCCACAACGGCAAUAUAGAUGACAAUGCUGACUUUGACAACAUUGACAAUCCCAAUGUUGAUAACGUUGACAACAAUAAUGAAAGUGCAGAAGACGCUGGUGCUGGGGAUGAGGUUGCCAUAAGAAUCAACCAGGGUAUAGAAGAAAACAACACUCUGUCUGGACGAUCCAGGAGGAGGUCAAGAGAGGAGGAUGACCAGGACGUUGAAGAGAGAAACAGCAAACGAUUCAGAUGGUGGGACAUUGACUGCACCUCUGACAGUGACUCUGACAGCAUUAACAGUAACGAUUUCAACAAGAAUACUGGAAAUAGUCCAGUCAAACAUGCAGGUGCUGAGGUUGCUGGAGAAGACAAUCUGCCUGGUCCAUCGAGGAAAAGGUCAAGAAAGCACGAUAAAGUAGAAGAUGAGAGAAGCAGCAAAAAAUCAGGACAGUAUUAUGAGUUCGGCAACAGCACCUCUGACACUGUUACAGUCAGAACUGGCCACGAUCUUGCUCACAGUAGUAUUGAUCUGGCUGAAGGUGCAGGUGCUGUAGAAGAGAUUGAGGAGGAAGUCAACCAGCAGGCGGACGACAAAUGCCCACAGCCAGGGGGAUCUAAGAAGAGAUCAAGGGAAAGUGAUGAAGAAGAGGAUAGGAGAGGUCUGCCUGGUCCAUCCACGAAAAGGUCAAGUAAGCACGAUAAAGUAGAAGAUAUGAGAAGCAGCAAAAAAUCAGGACAGUAUUACAAGUUCGGCAACAGCAACUCUGACACUGUUACAGUCAGAACUGGCCAUGAUCUUGCUCACAGUAGUAGCAAAAUUGAUCUGGCUGAAGGUGCAGGUGCUGUGGACGAGACUGAAGAUGAAGUCAACCAGCAGGUGGACGACAAAGACCCACAGCCAGGGGGAUCUCAGAAGAGAUCAAGGGAAAGCGAUGAAGAAGAGGAUAGGAGAGGUCUGCCUGGUCCAUCCAGGAAAAGGUCACGUAAGCACGAUAAAGUAGAAGAUGAGAGAAGCAGCAAAAAAUCAGGACAGCAUUAUGAGUUUGCAGACAGCAACUCUGACACUGUUACAGUCAGAACUGGCCAUGAUCUUGCUCACAGUAGUAGCAAUAUUGAUCUGGCUGAAGGUGCAGGUGCUGUGGAAGAGACUGAGGAGGUAGUCAACCAGCAGAUGGACGACAAAGACCCACAGCCAGGGGGAUCUCAGAAGAGAUCAAGGGAAAGCGAUGAAGAAGAGGAUAAGUGAGGUCUGCCUG